AUGGAAAGCGUUGGAGAAUGGCCGGAACCAGUGCUUUGUGUCCAAUCUUUGUCGGAAAGUGGGAACCUUGUGAUUCCCAACCAAUACAUCAAGCCACCAUCGGAGAGGCCGUCUGUAUGCCUAACCGAUACCAACAUACCAGUUAUCGAUAUGACCGGUUUGAUCAGUUUGCGCCAAGAAACCAUGAAACAAGUGUUCGAAGCGUGUCGUGAAUGGGGUUUUAUGCAACUGGUUAAUCAUGGUGUGAAGACGGAGUUACUUGAUGGGGCUAGAGAAAUUUGGCAAGAGUUUUUUCAUGCACCAAUGGAGGUGAAAAAGAAGUAUGCAAACUCACCAAAGACUUACGAAGGGUUUGGGAGUAGAUUAGGUGUUGAGAAAGGUGCAAUUCUUGAUUGGAAUGAUUACUACUUCCUUAACUAUCAUGCUAAUUGUCAAACAAAAUGGCCUGAUUAUCCACCUUAUCUAAGAGACGUUAUGGAAGAAUAUUCUAAGGAAAUACAAAGGUUAGGUAAGGUUUUUUUGAAAGUGUUCUCAAUAAACCUAGGAUUAAACGAAGAUUGUCUUCAAAAUGCAUUUGGUGGAAAAGACAUUGGAGCUUGCUUGAGAGCAAACUUCUAUCCCAAGUGCCCGCAACCCGACUUGACCCUCGGGCUAUCUUCCCACUCGGAUCCUGGCGGUAUGACCUUUCUACUUCCCGAUAAGCGAGUCUCUGGACUUCAAAUCCGAAAGAAUGAUCAAUGGGUAAGCGUUAAACCGGUACUACCUAAUGCCAUAAUUGUAAACAUUGGAGAUCAACUUCAGGUUUUAAGCAACUCAAUAUACAAAAGUGUGGAGCAUAGGGUGGUAGUGCAUCAAGAUGAAGAGAGGGUUUCUUUGGCUUAUUUCUAUAAUCCCAGGAAUGAAAUGCUUAUUCAACCUCUAUCUGAGCUUGUCACCUCCAAAACACCUGCACUUUAUCCGCCAAUGACGUUUGAUGAUUACAGACGUUUCAUUCGGACAAAGGGUCCACAAGGAAAACUUCAGGUGGACUCAUUAAAAUCUACAAGAUAACUAGUGAUUGAUCACCAUUUUC